CUCCACGCGCAGGCAGGCAGACAGGAGCCAGGAGAACGGCAGCGCGCGCGGGGGUAACACGAUUAGCGCUCUUAUUAAGGGCACAACACCGGGCUCUAUAGAUGCAGCACAGGGAGCACUGCGAGGGGAGCGAGAGGAGACACGGAGGGGAGACUUCACGCUUCAUCCGACACAUGGAUCUGCUUUGCUUCAUUCUGAUCCGCGUAAAGAAGUUACACAGGGACUGUUUUUUUAAUGCACGCGCGCACCGGAGAGGCUGUUUCACCAGUUUCAGAUGAUCUGACAGCCUUAGAAAAAGAUCAGAGCGUAUCCUCGAGGAGCCUGUUCAUGAUGAAAGAGAGAAAUCCAGGAGAGCCUCCGAGGGCGGAUUCAGUCGCUUCCUAUCUCGUCCCCGCUGUGAGCCACUAGCUCGGUCCUUCCUGGUGAUGAUUUUUUGUUAACCUCAGGUGAACUCAAACUGAAGGUGGGCCAGUCUGCUCUGAUGGGGUUCGACAACAACAACACCACCAACCAGACUCUCCCAGGCGGGGCCCCUUACAGCCUGCAGAUCUCCCUACCGCUCACCGUGCUGGUGGGGAUCAUGAUCCUGCUCACUGUGUUUGGAAACGUCCUCGUGGUCAUCGCCGUGUUUACAAGCCGGGCCCUCAGGGCUCCGCAGAACUUAUUCCUGGUGUCCCUGGCGUCGGCGGACAUCUUGGUGGCCACCCUGGUGAUGCCUUUUUCUCUCGCCAACGAGCUGAUGGGAUAUUGGUACUUUGGCGAGGUGUGGUGUGAGAUCUAUCUGGCUCUCGACGUUCUUUUCUGCACCGCCUCCAUCACCCACCUGUGUGCCAUUAGCCUGGACCGCUACUGGUCCAUCACACAGGCCAUCCAGUACAACCUGAAGAGGACGCCGAGACGCAUCAAGUGCAUCAUCUUCAUCGUGUGGGUCAUCGCGGCGGUUAUCUCCUUCCCUCCUCUGAUCACUAUGGAGAAAGAAAACAGCAAAGAGGAGCCCGUGUGUAAGAUUAAUAACGACAAAUGGUACGUCAUCUCCUCCUGCAUCGGCUCCUUCUUCCUCCCCUGCCUCAUCAUGGUGCUCGUCUAUGUACGGAUCUACCAGAUCGCCAAAAGGAGGACACGUGCGCCGCCAGGAGAUAGGCAGCGGAAGGAGGCGCCUAAGACGGCAACGACCGCUGCUAACCGGAAGGAGAACGGUGUGGGCGCUGGCGACGCAGAGAAACUAAACGGCGAGCGGGACAUCGAGCUGAGGGAGGAUGUGGGAGGAGGAGGAGGAGGCGAGGAGGAGAAGGCCGAGGUGAAUGGGAUGGACCUCGAGGACUCGUCCUCCUCCGACCACAAGGUGAACAAUCCCUGCUCCAUCAAAAAGAAAUCCACCAAGGGGAAAACCAAGCUGAGCCAAAUCAAACCGGGGACCAGCGACGUCCAGAAACGGGAGCCGAGCACGAAGGGCAGCCGCUGGAAGGGCCGGCAGAACCGCGAGAAACGCUUCACCUUCGUCCUCGCCGUCGUCAUUGGAGUGUUUAUGGUGUGCUGGUUCCCCUUUUUCUUUACAUAUAUGCUGAUGACGCUGUGCGAUUCCUGCCCGGUGCCGCCCACGCUCUUCAAGUUCUUCUUCUGGUUCGGCUACUGCAACAGUGCGCUGAACCCGAUCAUCUACACCAUCUUCAACAACGACUUCAGGAGGUCGUUCAAAAAGAUACUGUGCAGGAGGGACGCCAGAAGAUACGUAUGAUGGCCCGCACGAUACAUGUACAUACUUGGUUUUUUCUUUGUUUUUUUUUUUACAUAAACUGUGAAGUGCAUCGAGCGUUGUGCAUGGGGCUCUUGCUUUCCAUCGCUCAUGGUGUAACUGCACGGAGAGGAUGAGCUUUACAUGCAGCUUCUUUUGAAUCAGACACCACCAAGACUUCAGAACCAACCACGUCCAGACACACACACAGACACACACGCACGCACACACGCACACAGGCACACACGCACGCACACACACAC